AGUAGACGGCCUAACCUAACGUCAAGCGGGCGACCGGCGACUUCAUUCAGUAACCGCGAAUACGCCGUGAGAUCAGCACCAGUAUCAGUCGUCGCGCGAUACACCAGCCAGCCGCAAUGUCGCGCGUUUAUCAACCUUCGGCUCACGUAGUCGAAAAGUCCCGGAUACCAUCUUUCGACAAAUACAAAGAGAUGUACCAGAAAUCGAUCGACCACCCGGAGGAGUUCUGGUCAGAAAUAGCCAAAGAAUUCCAUUGGCAGACGCCGUACCAGCCCGACAGAUUCGUCUCGUACAAUUUCGAUAUAACGAAAGGCGACAUUUUCGUUAAAUGGCUGGAGGGAGCGGUGACCAACAUCUCCGUGAACCUGCUGGACAGAAACGUGGAGAAGGGCUACGGGGACAAAAUCGCCUAUUAUUGGGAGGGAAACCACCCAGACGACUACAGCCGUAUCACGUACAAGAAGUUGAAAGACCUCGUGUGUCAGUUCGCGAAUGGCUUGCGGGACCGCGGCGUGCACAAGGGUGAUAGGGUCGCGAUCUACAUGCCCAUGAUCUUGGAGACCGUCGUCUGCAUGCUCGCCUGCGCGAGGAUCGGCGCCAUACAUUCUGUCGUGUUCGCAGGUUUUUCUUCGGACUCGCUGGCUGAGCGCAUGUCGGAUUGCAAGGCCAAGGUCUUGGUGACCGCGGACGGCGGGUGGCGCGGGGAGAAACUGCUGAUCUUGAAGAAUACCUGUGAUGAAGCACUGGAGAAAGCUAGAACCAAGCACAACCAUAGAGUGGAGAUGUGUGUUGUGGUCUCGCACCUGUCUAAGGCCACGCCGUGUGGCAAACUGGACGAUCUUCGAAGCAUGUAUAAUUGGAACGAUGACGUCGACGUCUGGUGGCACGAUCUCAUCGAAGAUCAGUCUGACGUGUGUCCCCCCGAGUGGAUGGGGUCAGAGGAGCCCCUCUUUAUGCUGUAUACGAGCGGAUCUACGGGCAAGCCCAAAGGGGUAUUGCAUACAACAGGGGGCUACUUACUGUACGCAGCUACAACCUUCCGCUACGUAUUCGACUACAGUCCGAACGACAUCUAUUUCUGCACAGCCGAUGUCGGCUGGAUCACCGGACACACCUACGUCGUGUAUGCGCCUUUGGCUAAUUGCGCAACCUCUGUUAUGUUCGAAGGCACACCCUUCUAUCCAGACAAGGACCGUUACUGGGCGGUGGUAGAGAAGUACAAGGUGACUCAGAUGUACACAGCUCCUACUGCCAUCAGGUCGCUUAUGAAGUUCGGAGAGAACUAUGUCACUAAACACGACAUGAAAUCCCUUCGGGUACUGGGCAGUGUUGGGGAGCCAAUUAAUCCAGAAGCGUGGCACUGGUACCACAAACUCGUGGGCGCCGGACGAUGCUCCAUUGUAGAUACCUUCUGGCAGACGGAAACCGGUGGCCACGUCAUCACCAGUCUACCUGGAGCCACUCCCAUGAAACCUGGUGCUGCUGGGUUCCCAUUCUUUGGCGUCGCGCCGAGUAUCCUUGAUGAGAACGGCAAAGUGAUCGAAGGGCCUGGCGAGGGCUACCUGGUGUUCAACAGGCCCUGGCCCGGUGUGAUGCGCACCCUCUUUGGGGACCACGAGCGCUACCAGAAGGUCUACUUCUCCAAGUUCCCGGGAUACUAUUGUACUGGGGACGGUGCGCGACGUGAUGAAGACGGCUUGAUCUGGGUAACUGGUCGCAUCGACGACAUGCUGAACGUGUCCGGUCACCUGAUGUCCACCGCUGAAGUGGAGAGCGUGCUCACAGAGGACCCCCACGUGUCUGAAGCCGCCGUGGUCUCCCGCCCUCACCCACAAAAGGGAGAAUCGCUCUACUGCUUCGUGAUCCUCAACGAGGGCGUCCAGUACGACCCCGCUAUAACCGACGCACUUAAGAAGCACAUCCGCAGCAGAAUUGGCGCCUUCGCCGCUCCUGAUGUCAUUCACUUCGCCUCUGGCCUGCCCAAGACCAGGUCUGGUAAGAUCAUGAGAAGGAUACUGCGUAAGAUCGCUGUGGGUGACUCCGACAUCGGAGACACUUCCACUCUCGCCGACCCCGCCGUAGUCGAGGAGCUCUUCAAAAACAGGAAGUAAACAGGUUAUUUAUUAAGUUCGAUCAGCCUAUGUCAUGCUAUUAUGGACGCAUUUUAGAUAUUAAACGCUCAAUGUUAUCGCGAAUAUCAAAUGUGUAGUUAAUUUUCGACAGUUCGCAUUUCGUUUAUGCUUUAUCUGAGGUUACCUGUGCCAAAGUUUUUUAACAUCAAUGGCAUGUAAAUUUUGUUUUAUAAUAUUAAAUAUGUAUUAUAAUACUCGUAUCGCUGAUGAACUGUUGAGCGAUUAAAUUUUUAGCGUUAUUUAUUUUAAGCCGUCCGAGUCUACAAUUUUUAAGCCCAAAUAAUAUACACAUCGGGUUUAUAUAUUAUAUGAACUUAAAAUAAUAUUUACAAAAACUUAGUAAAUCAUAAAGGAAAAUACACAAGAUGUUAACGUCUAAGGUACAAUAUUGUAUCUGUGGAUACCUUUUUCCCGCGCAUUCCUUUAUCCGUCGAAAAUGCGUUUCAUUUUUUGUUACAGGCAUUCCAUUUAAAUAAAUUCAUAAGUAGUGUUUAGAUGUAGGUAAAUUGGUUAGUAUUAUUAUAAUUCAACAUUUAUGUAUUGUACCAAGCUUACAAUGGUCACAUUUAUGAAAUGUAAAUGGUAAUAUAAUAUUAGAACAAAAUGCACCCACUUGUAGAACAAUUCAUUCGUAAAUAGAAGAAAUAAUUGUUAUUUAUUUCACGAAAAAAGGUUGGUUGGUUGGUAUAUAUAUGUUGGUAUGGUUUAUUGUAAUAGAAAUAAAUGUAUUAAAGAGGAACGUGUACACAUAAAUUAUUUGUGUGAAACAUUAUCCGUGUAAUUUUGAUUAAUUUAUAACAGUAUUUUGAAAAUAAUCUAUAGGUACCUAACAAGCGCACGUGUGAUUGUAACCGUAGACUUAUUAUUAUGCAUCAAAGCACUGUUUUGUGAUGCACGAUGAAUUUGCAAAUAUAAUUAAUUGAUAUACAUUAUAUUACAAUGUGUUCUUUGUGUAAAUGUGUGUUGUAUUCGAGCCACAAGCGCCAAUGCGAUAGUAGCUGAAUAGGUAUGUAUCGCCGCAUAUCAUUCCCAAAAAACUGUUGGAUAUUAAAAUUUAAAAGCUAGUUAUAUUGUGCGAUCCUUAAUCACUUCUAGAUUCUUUCUCCACUCUUUUCUUCAUAUUAUUUAGAUAAAACCCUUAACAUUUAUAUGUUUAAAAUUAAUGGGACCUUGAGAAGUUAAAAUAUUAUACCCAAUGUUAUUUCGGCUUGCACAUUAUACAAUAAAAAUAUCUAUGUUAAAAAAUAAUUUCACUGGACAUAAAUUAUUUCUUCUAUAUCCAAUGUAAUCCACAUGCGUCUGCCGUCUACAUUGUGGUAAGAUUUUUCAAAAAUUUUAAGUCUACUAGCAAAUCUACUGCAAGUAUAAUGUGCAAGCUACUUUAUAAAUUCCUAUAAAAUUAUUUUUUGUGUGUCGUACAUAAUCGCUGUUGUUAUUUGUUGUUGUCUAUAAUAUAAUAUAUAGAAUUAUAAAAUAUAGUUAUGCUAUGCACCAUAGUAUGUUCAAUCAAUCACAAAUAUACGCAAACUUAACGUCCAAUCAAAUUGGAUAUUGCUUUUCGACGAUUUUGUGAGAUAUUUUAAAAUAUGUAUAUUAAGUUGAGUAUACAUGUGAGAAUGUGGUAGAUAAUUUUUAGUUAUUAAUUCUAUACGUUUUCAUAAACGCACAGAUUCUUUUUGAUAUUAUAUAACUUAAAAGAAUUGAUAUAUUGUAUUUAUAUAUCACGAGCCUGAACAAAAAAAUACCUAUUAACAUUCAUUUUUGUUGAAAUAUUUUAUACCAUCAGAAACACAAGAUAUUCUUCUAAAGCUAUGUUAUUGUUACCUAAAAACAAUUUCAACUAAUGUGUAAUUCGGGAAUCGAACUUAGUCUAAUUGAUUGAAACAAACACGUAUAAUUAAAAUAAUUUAUUAUUAAUAUAAAAAUGUGUUGAAAUUAAUUAUUAUUUGUUAAAUCGUAUACAUAUAUGAAAAAGCAAAUACAACAUACCUAUAUAAAUUAAAAGCUUAAAUUCAAACAGUUUGUUGUAUUAUUUAGCCACUUGAAAUCCUAUACUACGAAAUAGUUCUAGUUGCAUUUAAAUAAUCUUUCACAAUAUUUACUGUCGAUGUGAGCAUAGAAAUAAAUUAGGAUUGUAGAAGAAUUAAAUGUAUAAUCAUAUAAAGUGUGUUAUACAUAGAGCACAAUCUGUCGUGCAGAACUAUAUAAUAGUUGUUAAUAUUUAAGAAACAUUGUGAUCGUGUAAUGAAACGGACAUAUCAUUAAACGUGAUAUUAUUCCA